AUAUAGUGCGAUCAUUAUACCAAUACAGAAAAACACAUUAUUUUUCACACAAAAAAAAAAAGUUAAAUCUAAAGUCAAAAUAUUGGCACCGAAAUAAAUAGUAAAAAAAUUAUUUAAGGUCCUCCGAUCCAUUGUCUUCUUGAUCAAGGCAAACAUGAUCCAUUUUAUUUACAUGCAUGAGCCUCUUGAAAAUUAGUUUCCUUAAUAUAUUCAUUUCAUCUUGGUAAGGAUCAGUUGCAUGCAUGGCGGUAUCUAAGUUAAGCACAUACUUGGUUUUGUGUUUAUUCUUGCUUUGUGUUCAUGCAGCAUUAGUCUCUUCAAACUCAGAUGACUGGUUGAACCAUGGCGGAGAUUUGUUCAACAGAAGAUAUGCCAACAAAGAAGAUAAGAUAAGUCCCAAAACAGCAUCAAAACUAAGUUUGAAGUGGAAAUUCUAUGCAGGAAAAGAUAUAUCAGCAACACCAGCAAUAUAUGAAGAUACAAUUUAUUUUCCAUGUUGGAAUGGUAACAUAUAUGCAGUGAAAAAAGAUGAUGGAAAACUUGUUUGGAAGCAAAACUUGAAUGAAUUGACAGGUUUGAAAGCAACUGGCUUUGUCAUGAAUGUGAAUACCACAGUGUCAAGAUCAACUCCUACAAUAGCUGGUAAUGGUUUAUUGAUAGUUGGAAUGUAUGGCCCUGCUAUUGUUCUUGGUCUAAACAGAAAAAAUGGUAAGCUUGUGUGGUUAACCUAUUUGGAUCAUCAUCCUGCGGCACUUAUCACCAUGUCUGGAACAUAUUACAAAGGAGGUUACUAUGUGGCAACAUCUUCACUGGAAGAAUUUACAACCAUUCAGAAAUGCUGCAUAUUUCGAGGAAGCAUGGUGAAACUGAAUGCCUUCUCCGGUAAAAUCAUAUGGCAAACCUACAUGUUGCCGGAUAACAAUGGCGAGUUAGGAGAGUAUGCUGGAGCAGCCAUAUGGGGGAGCAGCCCCUCCAUUGAUGCUCAAAGAAACAAUGUCUACAUUGCCACCGGGAACCUCUACUCUGCGCCGGCACGAAUACUUGAGUGCCAAGAAAGGCAGGGCAACAUAACAGAGCCUACUGAUCCUGAUGAGUGCACUGAACCUGAGAACCACUCUAAUUCAAUCUUGGCCCUUGAUUUGGACAAUGGGAAGAUCAAAUGGUACCGGCAGCUAGGAGGGUAUGAUGUAUGGUUUUUUGAAUGCCGUAAUCCUGCAACUCCUGGCUGCCCUCCUUCUGGUCCUAACCCUGAUGCUGAUUUUGGUGAGGCACCAAUGAUGUUGACUGCAUAUGUCAAUGGAAGAAAGAAAGAUCUUGUUGUUGCUGUUCAAAAAAGUGGCUUUGCAUGGGCUUUGGAUCGCAACAAUGGCAACCUCAUUUGGUUUACGGAAGCUGGCCCAGGUGGAACAAUAGGAGGUGGAAUAUGGGGUGCGGCGACUGACGAAAAGAGAGUUUACACCAACAUUGCGAACUUUGACGACAAAAAUUUCACUCUUGCACCAUCAAACAUAACUACAACUAGUGGUGGUUGGGUGGCAAUGGAUGCAAGUAAUGGGAAAAUUCUGUGGUCUACUGCUAAUCCUAGUAACAGCUCUUCCAUUGGACCUGUUAGUGUUGCAAAUGGUGUGGUCUUUGCUGGAUCAGUAGACAAACAGGGAUCAAUAUAUGCAAUGAAUGCAAAUAAUGGGAAGAUUUUGUGGUCCUAUAAAACUGGAGCAAGUGUCUAUGGAGGCAUGUCCAUUAGCAAAGGUUGCAUAUAUGUAGGUCAUGGUUUUAAUGUUAAUCUAGCGUUUGGCCGCUUGUCGGGCGGAACCUUUCUGUUUGCAUUUUGUAUGAAGCAUUAUGAUACUAAAUGAUCAAUAGUUAAAAGGAAGAUAAAAAUUAUAUUAUGUACUGUACUAUGACUAAUGGACACUAAAUAAGUUACUAAUAAAAUGAGCAACAGAAGCAAGUUAUAUGAUAGAAUGGCAAGUUGUAUUUUGUAGCA